CUCUCUCUCUGUACCUGUAUUUCCUUAUAACGCACGCCUCCCACCCCAGCUCUUUUUUCCAACAUAAAUACCCGACACCUCACCUUCAUUUCCAACCCUUCUUCACAGAUAAACGACAACCAACGACGACCAUGUCCACCGAUCUCGGAUUCUUGCGUGACGUGUCCAAAUUCCGACUUCUCACCGUCAAGACUAGAACGACAGCGCAAGCGGCCUCCAAGGAUGCAGCGGAGGACGAUAUUGGUGGCGGCGGAGUGGUUGAGCCACGAAAGAUGGAGGAGGCCGAGUGCCAGACCCCGACAUCCGAGGAACAUAGAAUUCCCAAGAUCCUGGAUUGUCCCCCGGCGCCACGGAAACCCAGAAGGGUGCCCUCAUGCAAAAGAAAACUGUCGCCGGGGCAGCAGUUCUUCGAGAUCGUGAACCCGGAAGAGGUCGACGCGUUUUUCAGAUCGAGCUUCGAGACGAUUUCUGCUAUUACGUCCGCCAAGAGGAGGUGCUGCAGCCCAUGUAAAUGAUCGCCGCCUGCCAAGGUUGAAAAUUUUACACGACUAUUGUUAUAUUAUUAUCAUUAUUAUUAUUUUUUCAUUUCUCUUUUUUCUUUGUGUUUUUAAUUUUUAUAUAUUGUUUGUAAUGGUGGAGAUGGUUGAUAUAUACGUUCACAAAUAUCCCACUGCUGCAUGAGAUUGGAUUUUAGGCUCCUUUAUUUGGGAUCUGAAUUCUGAACCUUGUUAAUUAUAAAGCAAUUAAUUUACAUCACUAUGAAUCUCAAGAAUUUUAAUUUUGGUUA